CAGCUCGCGGCGAGCUUUGUCGAGCAGCUCCACCCGGACGCCGACUUCCGCCUCGUCGACACGGUCCUGUCGCAGCACUCGGGCGUCGUCCACGCCCACUUUGUCCAGCAGAUCGACGGCGUGCCCGUCGCCAACGCCAACCUCAACGUCAACGUCGACCUCGCGUCGGGCAAGGUCCUGUCGUACGGCGACUCGAGCUUUGUCGGGUCGGUCAAGGCCCUUGAGGACUCGGCCACCGGCGCCUACUCGCGCUCGCGCCGCGCCUCGGCGUGGAAGCAGCGCGUCCAGAGCUGGGCGACCGACGCCAUGACGGUCGCCGAGGCCUCGUCCGACGACAAGCACGACUUCGAGAUCGCCCUUGACGUCGCCGACCUCGACGAGCCCGUCAAGGCGACGCUCACGUACGUCCACGACGGCGCCGACCUCAAGCUCGCGUGGAAGUACGAGGUCAAGUCGACCGACAACAUGUACGAGGCGUACCUCACCGCCGACGGCUCGGUCGCUCCCGGCGACGAGGUGCCGCUCCUCGUCGUCGACUGGGUCAAGCCGGCGUACAAGGUGUUCCCGUGGGGCGUCAACGCGCCCGACGAGGGCAAGCGCGCCGUCCUGCGGGGCACGCUCGUCGAGCUCGACGCCGAGGCGUCGCCCGCCGGGUGGCACACGGUCCCGGGCGAGAAGCGGCCGUACGGCGACGGCGUCACGCCCGACACAUUCUACUACGAGACGCGCGGCAACAACGUCAUGGCACAGGACAACCCGUCGGGCGGCAACUCGGCGAGCGGGUUCCGCGCCAACGGCGGCAAGGACAUGAACUUCAAGUUCGGCAUCCACAUGCCCAAGGAGGGCCACCCGCUCGAGCCGACGUCGUACAUCGAGGCGUCGACGACCGAGCUCUUCUACACCAACAACGAGAUCCACGACCUGUACCACCGCUACGGCUUCGACGAGGAGGCCGGCAACUUCCAGGACACCAACUUUGGUCGCGGCGGCUACGGCGGCGAUGCGGUCCAGGCCAACGCUCAAGACGGCUCGGGCUACAACAACGCCAACUUCGCCACGCCGCCGGACGGUCAGCGACCGCGCAUGCGCAUGUACGUGUGGAACGGGCAGCAGCCGUACCGCGACGGCGACUUUGAGGCGGGCAUUGUCAUCCACGAGUACUCGCACGGCCUGUCGACCCGGCUCACGGGCGGUCCGGCCAACAGCGGCUGCCUCGGGUGGGGCGAGGCCGGCGGCAUGGGCGAGGGCUGGGGCGACUUCCUCGCGACCAUGAUCCGCAUGCACGACGUCAACCAGACCGACUACUCGAUGGGCGAGUGGGCCUCGGGUCGCGCCAACGGCAUCAGGAACUACCGCUACUCGCGCAACUUGACCGAGAACCCGUCGACCUACAAGUUCCUCGACAAGCCCGGCUACUGGGGCGUCCACGCGAUCGGCGAGGUCUGGGCUGAGAUGCUGUUCGAGGUGGCCGAGGGCCUUAUCGACGAGUACGGCUUCCACCCGACCCUGUUCCCGCCUCCCGGCAAGAAGGUGCCGGCGCACGGCAACACGCUCGCGGUCCAGCUCGUCAUCGACGGCAUGAAGCUCCAGCCGUGCCGCCCGUCGUUCCAGAACGCGCGCGACGCCAUCGUCACGGCCGACGAGGCGCUCACCGGCGGCAAGAACUUCUGCAUCAUCCAGCACGCCUUUGCUCGCCGCGGCCUCGGUCCGGCGUCGCGCGUCGUCGGCAGCACCCCUUGGGGCGGCGGGUCCCGCACCGAGGACUACUCGCCUCCUUCGCGCUGCGCCGACGACGGCGGCAAGAAGAAGAAGAAGAAGCAGGGCAAGGCGUUCUUCGCCUAGACGAGCCGGACUCGCCCCUCACCUCCUCGCCCUCUCCCGCGCC